GUAGCAUGUGAGCAUAUUUGCUUUAAUAAGCUUGGGAGCAUUUGCCAUAAAUUGACUAUUAUUACAAUAGGAUAUACUUGAUAGACAUGUACAUACAUAUAAGCUGUCACUUGGCUUUUAUAAUCUUGUUAAUAAGUUGCACAGAAGGAUGGCACAGCUUGGAUAAUUCAAACUUUCACUGCUGGUAUAUAACAGCCAAUGCUAACAACCCCACGCCAUAUUCUUCUUGUCCUGGUAUCAAUAUCAGAUGGAUUGUGCCUCCAAAGUCACCUGUGAAAGCACAAGAAUCGUUUAAUGUUACGUAUGAGCUAAUUCUUGGGUCUGCAUUUUGGCCAUGGGCAGUUACUAACAAUAUCUUCAACUUCAACAAUAUCACCACAGCUAGUGGGGCCCAAGAUUUCUGUGACAACACUGUAUGUCCCAGCUCAGUGUCUGCAGCCAACAAAGAGAACUGCUGCAUCUAUCAUGUGAAUGUCCACUCCUGCCACAAGAAUGAUAAGCUGCAGAAUGAUCUCUGUGGUCCCUGGAUCAGUCCAAAUGGAACUAUAUACACACAUUCACAAGUCAUGGCAGGGCCUAGAGAUCGUGGGAAUUGGACAAGUGUCAUUCCAGGUUUAUACACAGAGGGUGAGAAUUCGUUGAUUGCCCACUUCAAGAUUGCCAAGAUGCACGUGGCCAUAGAGAAGACAGUCACAGUGAACCCAAGAACAGUAUGUGGAGAUGAGAACUGUGAAACAAUAGAAGGCGAAGACUGUGAGACCUGCCCCAAAGACUGUGGGAGGUGUCCCCUGCAGACAUGGGAGAUUGCUUUAAUAGUGGUUGCCAUCCUGAUUGUAUUCAUUGUCCUUGGUGCAAUAGUUGGGUAUUUUGUAUGGAAACAGCAGAAGUUAUUAUGGGAUGAGAGCUGGAUUGUUUCAUAUGACAAGAUCACUCCAGACACUGGGGUACGUGGCUUUAUGGGAAGCGUAAUUAGCAUCAAUCAAAGCAUGGCCAGUAUGACCUCUGGGGUAACUGCAAAUAAGAAUUUAACUGGAAACUCUUUAGCCCUCAAUGCUGCUAGAAAACAGAUUUUCACAGAGACUGGAAUCUAUGAUGGCCGAACAAUUGCAGUCAAAGCGAUACAAAAGAGAAAUUUUGCUCUCUCCAAGUCAAUCCGAAAAGAGGUCAAACAAGUUAGAACCUUCGAUAAUCCCAACCUGACAAGAUUUAUAGGAGCUACACUAGAACCAGACAGAGUAAAUUUACUAACUGAAUACUGUCCAAAAGGAAGCUUGAAUGAUGUACUCAUGAAUGAAGAUGUCCCUUUAAACUGGGCUUUUAGGUUCUCUUUUGCCAGUGAUAUAGCAGGAGGAAUGAGAUAUUUACAUAAUAACAAACUCUACCAUGGCAGACUCAAGUCACAGAAUUGUCUCAUAGAUGAUAGAUGGACUGUCAAAAUAGCAGACUAUGGAACCCCUGGUUUACGAAAGGAGCAAUGUGAUGAUAUUGAAUCAGUUAUAAACACUAAAGACGCGGAUAUAGUAUACAGGGCACCAGAAGUUGUUGAUUUUGAACAUGCCAGCCCCACACCUGAGGCAGAUGUCUAUGCAUUUGCAAUCAUCUUAGUAGAGAUAGCCACCAGAAAUGAUCCUUACGGGGAUGAAAGUCCAGAUACUAUAAAACCUGGAUGGCGCCCCCCUCUCCCAGACCUCAGUCAGGAGUCAACUGUAGAUGAUGUAUGCCCCUGCCCAAAGGAUUAUUUAAAGCUGAUACAAAUUUGCUGGGUCGAUAAGCCAUCAGAGCGACCUCUAUUUGCGGAUAUCAAGAAAGUCUUACAUAGGAUAAAUCCAAACAAGCUCAGUCCAGUUGACCUCAUGAUGGCAAUGAUGGAGAAAUACUCUAAGCAUCUAGAGUCCCUUGUUGGGGAGAGAACAGCAGACUUAAUGCUGGAAAAACAGAAAACAGACAGGUUGCUCUAUAGUAUGUUACCAAUGGAAGUGGCCAAUGAUCUAAGACAGGGGAAGACAAUAAGUGCUGAGUGGUUUGAUGAAUGCACCAUAUUUUUCUCAGAUAUUGUUGGCUUUACUACACUCUCAGGAAGCAGUACUCCUCUGGAGGUCGUUGCAUUUUUGAACAAGCUUUAUAUAUGCUUCGACAGCAUCAUUGACGCAUAUGACGUUUACAAAGUUGAAACCAUUGGAGAUGCUUACAUGGUUGUAUCAGGUGUACCUAAGAAGAAUGGCAUACUUCAUGGGAGGGAGGUUGCCAAUAUGUCACUAGACCUUGUUGAGGCUUGCAAAGGAUUUGUUAUUCCUCAUAAACCCCAAGAACCAUUGAAAGUGAGAGUAGGGCUACAUUCAGGUCCUGUGUGUGCUGGAGUUGUGGGUCUCAAAAUGCCUCGAUAUUGCCUGUUUGGAGAUACUGUCAACACAGCAUCAAGGAUGGAGUCAAAUGGAGAAGCUUACAAGAUCCACAUGAGUGAGUUUACAAACGAUGUUUUGUGCAAGGUGGGGGGCUUCCAUAUUGAGAUGAGAGGCAGUAUUCCCAUUAAGGGCAAAGGUGAUAUGACAACUUACUGGUUAACUGACAGGGACCAGAACAAUACACACAAAUCUGACACACUUACAGAAGUCCAGUCAUAACAUGAAAGAUCUGAAUAGCGUCAUAUGUAGUGACAUAACUACAUUUAAUAGAUGAUUAGUCUACAGAACAUCUCUUCGAGUGACUGAAUCAC